AUGUCCAUUGCUUUAAGAGAAGAGAACUUUGUAGUCAUUAAUGUAGGCUCAUCGACAACAGUUGCUGGGAUAGGCAUGCACGACACCAAUAAGCCUCCCGCAGUGAUCGUCAACAUGGCAGACUACAACUACCCGAUAAAAUUCAACCAGAUCGUCGAUUGGAAAGAACUUGAAAACUGUUGGCAUCAUAUUCUAUUCAAAGAACUAAACAUCAAAAAAUCUCGUAAUGAAUCUCCCGUUCUAUUAGCGGUGCCCAUGCAGUGGACAAAACUCGAAUACGAACGCAUCACACAAAUAUUUUUCGAAAACUUCAACGUCCCCGGAAUCUAUAUUGCACCUCAACCUUUAUUAAGUCUGUUUGGAUGCGGUGCUGUUUCAGGUUUAGUAGUUGAUAUUGGAAGUGAAGUUACAGAUGUCAAUGUUGUUAUUGAUAGUAAUGUACAGAAUCAAUCCAGCAUCACUAUUCCAAUCGGUGGAAACGAUUUUGAUAAAUAUUUUCUCCAAUUAUUACAAAAAGACACCAAUCUUGUUCAACAAAUCGAUUCUUUAACUGAUGUAGAGCUUGAUCUUGAAUUUGCAAAAUAUAUUCGCGAAUUACCUGGUAUUUGUAAUGUAUCCGUUGGACAAGACAAUAAAAUUUCUGAAGGCACAGCAUUGGCAAACAAAGAUAUUAUCAACAGUAUGACAGAAUUACCAAUCGAAAGCACUGAAGAAAUAAUCGAGGAAGAUGAACACAAUCCCAAGAAAGUAGAAGAAGAAGACGUAGGAGAUAUACCCGAAACUGUCGAAAUUGAAUAUAAAGGGCAUAAAUUCAGCAUUGGACCUUAUCGUCAUCAGGUUGUCGACCCAUUAUUUGCACCCGAGCAAUUUCUUGUAGACGAUAAAAAGUCACUAUUAUCAUCCAAUCUGUUUACAACAUCUUCGUUAGCAGAAGUCUUACGGAUGGCAACUAUGAGUUGCGAGCCACCUGAGAUUCGACCCAAAUUAUGGGAAACUAUUACUAUCGCAGGAGGUUGCUGUAGAAUGGCAGGCUUAGCGAAAAGAAUCAAAAUGGAAGCACAAUUGUAUCUUCCUCACUCUGAAAAUGCAGGUGAUACGCAACCACGACAUAUUAACUUUUUACGAAUUCCAGAUUAUUUCACCGUGUUAAAGGAUAAGCAAUACCAACAAUAUUCUACCUGGUUAGGAGGAGCGAUUGUAGCCAAGCUUAUAUUUAUUGAUGCAAAGAAUUACAUCAGCAAAGUCGACUAUAAUGAACAUGGUCCAACCGUUGUCCAUACGAAAAGUCUGUAA